CCCUCCACAACCGGCGUCCAAUACCCCAACUACCUCCCCUACCACGGCCACAUCACCGCGCUCACCGUCGCCCCCUCCGCGCGCCGCCUCGGCUACGCAACCGCCCUGUCGUCUGCACUCGAACAAUCGUCCGACGCGGCCAACGCGUGGUUUGUUGAUUUGUUUGUCAGACGCAGCAAUGAGAUUGCGAAGGAGCUGUAUCGCAAGAUGGGGUAUAGUGUGUAUAGGGUUGUCAAGGAUUAUUAUAAUGAUGGCGAGGAUGCGUUGGAUAUGCGGAAGAGUUGUAGUCGGGAUAAGGAGGGCGAGUGUGUUAGGAAGGAUGGGGAGGAGUGGGAGGUGGGGGCUGAGGAUGUUUGGUGA